UUAUGUAAUUGAGUAGUGGGUCUGUGCGCAGGUAAGCCUCAGGGGAGCCCGCAGGCGGUGCCCGCCCAGUGACUGCCCCGAGGCUGCGUGGGAGCAAGUCGGGACUGGAAGAGCCUCAGCCUGAGGGUUACCUCCUUCCUGGACACCCAGCUCCUCAGGGCUCAGGAAGGCGUCCUCCUCACCACCAUCUUGUCUAGUGAGCCUCCCGAAAACUGUGAUGAAGUCAGGCAGUGCCCAGCCCGCAGCUGUAGCAGGUCAAACGAUGCCCAGCAUCCCAACCAUGCGGCGCCUCACAAUUGAUGAUUUUGAAAUCGGGCGUCCUCUCGGCAAGGGAAAAUUUGGGAAUGUGUACCUGGCUCGGCUCAAGGAAAGCCAUUUCAUUGUGGCCCUGAAAGUCCUCUUCAAGUCCCAGAUAGAGAAGGAAGGACUGGAACACCAGCUGCGCAGAGAAAUUGAAAUCCAGGCACAUCUACAACACCCCAAUAUCCUACGCCUGUACAACUACUUCCAUGAUGCACGCCGGAUGUACCUGAUUCUAGAAUAUGCUCCAAGGGGUGAGCUCUACAAGGAGCUGCAAAAGAGCCACACAUUAGACGAACAGCGUACAGCCACGGUAAUGGAGGAGUUGGCAGAUGCUCUGACCUACUGCCAUGAAAAGAAGGUGAUUCAUAGGGAUAUUAAGCCGGAGAACCUGCUGCUGGGGUUCAGGGGUGAGGUGAAGAUUGCAGACUUUGGCUGGUCUGUGCACACCCCCUCUCUAAGGAGAAGGACAAUGUGUGGGACACUGGACUACUUGCCCCCAGAAAUGAUUGAGGGGAGAACAUACAAUGAGAAGGUGGAUCUAUGGUGCAUUGGGGUGCUCUGCUAUGAGCUGCUGGUGGGAAAUCCGCCCUUUGAGAGCCCCUCCCAUAAUGAGACCUACAGACGCAUCCUCCAGGUAGAUGUAAGUUUUCCCCCAUCAAUGCCUUUGGGGGCUCAGGACUUGAUCUCCAAGCUUCUCAGAUACCAGCCCUCGGAGCGGUUGCCCUUGGUCCAGAUCUUGGAGCACCCAUGGGUCCGGGCCCACUCUCGGAGGGUGCUGCCCCCAUCUGCUCAAAUGGUUUCCUGAGCCCUGUAUACCCCUAAUCCUUUGUGAUUGCUCAUGGAGCACCCCUGGCUCUGGUAUCUACUCUGUCUUUUGUUUCUUCUCUUUUAAGAUGCAUCUUGCUAAUUAAUAAAAGCUGAAUCAUUUUGUACCAGGU